ACGUAAACACCAGCUGUGCGUAAACUGUAGUGUUUCUGCGUUGCGAGCUUCGUUGUUUACAUCAUAUUCACGCCGUAAAGUAACGGAUUCGAGUUAAACACGCACGUAUUUCCCAGCGGACUGCGUCGUGUCAGUGUCGGUUCUUCUUAUUGUGCUUUUAAAAUACAGAGUUUAACAUUCACCUGCAGCCGAAACUGAAGACCAUGGCAGUCCAGCUACAGCGCCCCCUCGUGGCAGCGGCGUGUCUCCUGGUCAUGCACUACCUGGCCGGGGUCCUCUCUGUCCCGGACCCCAGACAGAGGGAGGCCCUCAUCGAGCAGGAGGCCUCCAUGCAGACGGGUGGGCAGGUGGUGCUGAGCGACGCUGAGCAGCGUGUGGAUGCGCUGCUGUUUAACAUGAAGCAGAGGGAGGUUCUGAGAGCAGACUUCCCCCCCGCCAUGCACUUCUUCAAGGCCAGAGACCUCAUCAGGUCCAGUCCCAUCUUCAGCCUCCUGCAGAAGAUGCCUAAAGGGGGCGCUCUACACGUCCAUGACUUCUCCAUGGCUGAUCCACUGUGGCUGGUGAAGAACGCAACCUAUCGGCCCCACUGCUACAUGUGCUUCACCGACAGCCACUCCGUCAGGUUCAUCUUCUCGUCCCAGUUGCCGAAACCUCUGCCGCGCUGCUCCCCCUGGAACCUGCUGGAAAACCUGAGGGCCAAGACCAGUAACACCACAGACCUGGACGACAGCAUCCUGCGGAACCUGACGCUCUUCACGGAUCAGGAUCCAGAAGGUGUUUACCCCAGUCAGGAUGUGGUAUGGAACGUGUUUGAACAGUGCUUCUAUGCACUGUGGGGUCUGGUCACGUAUGCUCCUGUCUUCAGAGACUAUUACUACCAAGGCCUGACUGAGUUCUACCUGGACAACGUCAUGUAUUUAGAACUACGAGCUUUACUCCCACAUAUAUAUGAACUGGACGGCAGCACUCACGACUCGGCCUGGACUCUGAAGACCUACCAGGACGUCACCAGACGGUUCACAGACGACCACCCAGACUUCUACGGAGCGAGAAUCAUCUACACAAUCAGCAGGAGCGUGACUGUUUCCACGAUGACUGGAGCUGUGGAGACGGCCAUGAAGCUACAGAAAGACUUCCCAGACAUCAUGGCUGGUUUUGACCUGGUGGGCCGCGAGGACACAGGCCGACCGCUCUGGUUCUACAGAGAGGCCCUAUCACUGCCGGCAGAGAGGGGGGUCACGCUCCCUUUCUAUUUCCACGCUGGAGAGACGGACCUCGAGGGCACGGAGGUCGACCAGAACCUGCUGGAUGCUCUUUUGUUCAACACGUCGCGCAUUGGCCACGGAUUUGCUCUGCCACGCCAUCCAGUGGCCAAAGACAUAUCCAGGAAGAGAGGAGUGGCUGUGGAAGUUUGCCCCAUCUCCAACCAGGUGCUGAUGUUGGUGAAUGAUUUGCGGAAUCAUCCGGCAGCUGCUCUGAUGGCGGAGGGCCACCCGGUGGUCAUCAGUUCGGACGACCCGGCCAUGUUCGGUGCCUCCGGCCUCUCGUACGACUUCUACGAAGCCUUUGUGGGCCUCGGUGGGCUGAGCUCCCACCUGGGUUCCCUCAAACAGCUGGCAACUAACUCUAUUAGGUACAGUUCUCUGGCUCCAAAUCAACAGGAGAAAGCUUUGGCUCUGUGGCAGAGGAAAUGGGAUAAGUUCAUCUCAGAAACUGCCUUUGAAGCGAGAAGGCCUUGAUGUCUUUAAAGGACUCUUACCUCAGGUGGAUUACAAAUGGAAAUCAAUGUGAACACAGCCGGUUUGUGUCCAGAGCAAAAUUUGACAUUUUAGCACGUAAAUGGGAAAAGCACAAAUAAUAUUAGAUAGGGAAAUGAUUUGGCCAGUGUGAGACAGGCUUGAGCUAUGUCUAUGUUUUGGGUUUCAUUCAGAUUUUGCUUUUGUAUUUUGCACUUUAAGAUUCAUGUUUCUGGUCGAGGUGCUAAAUACUGUUUGACUCUCUUUGUGGUUUGUGGGCGACAAAGGCCCCC